AUGGCAAAAGCAGUUCCUGCUGAAACACAUCCCAGCCACAGCACUGCCUACCUUAAUGCUGCAAAGUUAUGGUAUGCUCUAGCAAAGACACUCUCAGAACAGGCUGCUUGGGCUCUAUCCAUGGAUAGAAUGUUGCCUAUGGUUUCCAUAAACGCCGGACUAGUUUUGGGUUCACGUGUUACCCAAAAAUACCCGGCCUUGACUAUGUUCUACCUCAAAGGUGCUGUUGAAAUGUACGAGAAUGAAGUCCUAGCAUUUGUCGAUGUAAAUUUCUUAGCAGAUGUUCAUAUUUGCGCCUUCGAGGAUCAAUCAACAUGUGGGCGAUAUUUUUGCUUCAAUCAGAUUGUGAACACUGAGGAACAAGCCUUUAAACUUGCACAAGGCUUAAACCCUUUGAUUCCUUUACCCACUAAAGGAAAAGAAGGUAAAGGAAGUAAAAUGCAUGCAAAGAGAUUGAAAACAAAGAAAUUGAAUAAGCUGGUCGAGAAUGUUGCAAUCUAUUAA